CGCCGUCACGUGUCCGUGUCCCGGCGCUCGGCUCGCUGCGCUCCGCCAUGGCUGCGGCGGCGGCCGCGGGCUCGGUGCUGCUGCUCCUGCUCGGGCUGGCGCUGCCCGGCGGCAGCACGCUGCACACCAAGGGCUCCGUGCCGCUCGACACCGUCACCUUCUACAAGGUUAUUCCAAAGCAUAAGUUUGUGCUGGUGAAAUUCGACACACAAUAUCCCUACGGGGAGAAACAAGAUGAGUUUAAAAAGCUGGCAGAGAGCUCAGGCUCCAGCGAGGAUCUUCUGGUGGCUGAAGUGGGGAUAUCAGACUACGGCGAUAAGCUGAACACUGAGCUGGGGGAGAAGUACAAGCUGGACAAGGAGAAGUUCCCUGUUUUUUACUUGUUCCAGGAUGGUGACUUUGCCAAUCCCUUGCUUUACGGUGGUGAGAUCAAGGCCGGGGCAAUUCAGCGCUGGCUGAAGAGCAAUGGCAUCUACCUGGGCAUGCCGGGCUGCCUGAAGGAGUACGACGUCCUGGCCAGCAAGUUCAUGGGCACCACUGAGAAAUCUGAGCGCCAGGCCCUCCUCAAAAAGGGGCAGGAGAGCUUGGGGAAAGCUAAAGAAACCGAGAAGAAAUCGGCCGAGCAAUACUUGAAAAUCAUGAGCAAGAUCCUGGAGCAGGGAGAGGAGUUUGCUGCUAACGAGGUCGUCCGAAUCACAAAGCUGAUCGAGAAGAACAAGAUGAGUGAUGGGAAGAAGGAGGAGCUCCAGAAAAGCCUCAAUAUCCUCGCUUCUUUCCUGAAGAAGAAUAGUGAAAAAGAUGAGCUCUGAUGUGCCGGGGAACUUUGUGCAAGCUGUGAAAUGUCAAAGAGUCCUAACCGGUUCUCCUUAUGCAAGCAAACUUCCCGCUGACUUCAAGAGAGCAGCAGAUUUCCUUCUGGUAUUCUCAGUUUUUGGAAGAUCAAGAGGAAGACGUUCCUUGAAAACGCAGUAUUCUAAAUGUUGGAAAAAAAAAUCACCUAAAAGCAAGAUAACAGUAUUGUGUAAUACUAUCCAAUAACAGUGUUAAAGCAGACAACAGCAAAAAAAAGUACUAGAUUGGCCAGAAGCACAUUCCUGGUGGUUUUUACAGCUGUUCCCUGGCAAACAAAUAACAAAAUUCAGUCUCACAUUCCAUCUUACAUGUCGGAAAAGGUACAGAUUGGGUGCCCUUUGUAUCUCUACCUUUCCCUGUCCAUGGUGUCCUUGGGUUUUAUGCUCAUUAAUCUACCCCACACACACCUUUUGUUGCCCCAGUUGGGCUCCAAGUCUUGUUCUUACCUGGUGUUGACUAAGAGGCCUGGAGUUUCCUUUUUCUGCCUUCUCUUUCCAUGGCUCCUCUCCCUGUUUGGUUUGGGUUUCAGCCAAAUGCUGGCAGUGAAAACAGUUCCUCUUCAUAUCAGAACUUUCCCCUCAUCUUCUGGCCAGAGCAGCCACUUCAUCAAACGUUCUCCUGAAAUCCUUUGUGGUACCCUGACAGCGAGUGAUGUGAGCUCUGAGCAAGGGCAGAGUCUCCUUGAGGUGCUAUUACACUCAGUCUCACCAGUUUGUGCAAAACUGCUUUUUCAGAGGUAAAUUCGGGUGAGUUUUCUUAUGGCUGGAGAGCACAUGCGGUGCCUGGGUCUUUUACCUCUCCAAGCUUCAUUGCCCAGGUUCAAAACGAGAAAGGUGAGACCAAUAAUGACAUCUGAGGCAUAGUUACAUGAACAAAACAUUUUCUCCAGCCUCCUGAAGCGAUUGACACCGUCAGACUAAAGCUCCAUCAGCGUUUGGUAGUUCUAAAUAUUUGAAAAUGAGUUCUUGUAACAGGAAGCAGAAGUAUUUGUGCCCUUAGAAGCUUCAUCUGUUUUGUUUCAAUGGAGAUGCCUGGCCCAGGGAUCAGGUGAGUGUUCAAAACUCUGGAAUUCAGAUGCCCCUGGAAGAUGCUGAACCUCUGGUCAGGAUUACAGAGAGCUGAAGAGAGAAACAACCUGUGUGUUUUACCUUCAAACUACGCUUUAAGCAAAACUGAUUGCUGUGGGAGCUUUGCUGCCUUUUGAAUCCCCGGGGGGUGGGUACAAGGAGCGAGAUGUUACCGCGAGAUAAAAUGUAUUAAUAACACAAUAAUAAAAAGGUUCCAACUCA